CAGCCCCGAGUAGGGGGAUGGAAGGAAGAGGAGGGAGGAGUUAGUCACGUGUAAACGCAGGCAUAUGUCCGGCUGCUGGAAAACUCACAUUUUCCUCUAGAAGCGACGGGAGGUGAGAAGAGGACCGGGAAAACCACCUGCCCACUCACGAUGUGGCUGACUCUUCUUUACAGUUGCACUGGUGGAGCUGCACUUCUGUAUGCUCUGUACAGAUGGGUGAUCCCCACCGUCGUGCAGUAUCAUGCAGGAUUGGCGCUUAUUUGGCACGACACGAUUGUGGAACGAAUGCUGGACACACUGACCCGGUCCACUCGUCCACAGGUGUGCUUUCACCUCUCUCAAGAUCAGCUAACACAUUAAUAGCUAACCAGGUGGGAUGUAGUACUCGACUCCUGGCUGCAGUACAGAAGAAUGCCACUAGAGGGGACCCUCGCAGCGUGGUCAGAGCCAUUGACCAGUUCUGCAGACAGAAGGAGUGGGCCAUGAAUGUGGGGGAUGAGAAAGGCUGUAUUCUUGACUCUGUGGUGUCUGAGGUGAACCCAUCCACUGUGCUGGAGCUGGGAACCUACUGUGCCUACUCCACGGUGCGGAUCGCCAGCCUGCUGCCCCCUCAUGCCAAGCUCAUCACUCUUGAAUUCAACCCGGACAAUGCUGCCAUAGCUCGCCAGGUCAUCGCGUGGGCAGGGCUGGAGGAGAAGGUCCAGUUGGUUGAAGGAGCAUCUGGUGACUGGAUACCCAAGAUGAAGGAGCAGUUUGGAGUGAAAACAUUUGAUUUGGUUUUCUUGGAUCACUGGAAAGAUCGCUACCUUCCCGACACAAAGCUGAUGGAGGAAUGUGGCCUCCUCAGGAAAGGCAGCAUCCUGUUGGCAGAUAACGUCAUCUGCCCUGGAACCCCUGAGUACCUUGAGUACAUUCGUAACAGCCCUCGCUAUAAGAGCCAGUACUUCAAAUCUCACCUGGAGUACACCAAAGUGGAGGAUGGCCUGGAGAAAUCAGUCUUCCUAGGGUAGCUUUCCACACAGUGUCAUGUUUUACACAGGUACUAGCAAACUUCAGACCACCACUGUUUUGAAUAACUGCGCAGACUUAAAACCCGAAGUUAAAUCUGUUUUUCUAAUUGAUUGUGUUUACUUGAAAUAAAAAAUAACAUGAAA